AUGAAGUUCAUGCUCCAGUCAAGCGUUGUUGCGCAACUCUUGUGCCUUGGCGCCGUCGCUGAGUGGACCGAGCCACCACAUUCGACCGCAAUUCCAAACACCAUCAAGGACUGCACCUGGUGGUUUGUCACCGGCGCAUCCGAUACCUGCGAGCGUGUGACUGCCACCUAUGGGAUUACUCAGGCUCAGCUUGUCUCAUACAACCCCGUCUUGUCCACCUCCUGUACCUUCACCACAGGCAACUCGUACUGCAUCGAGCAAAACUGGGGAGCGGCGCCCGCGCCCGCGCCCCCUUCCACUACCGCUCCCAGCGUGCCCACGACGUUGACAACCACUACCACCACCACCAGGGCCGCGACCACCACAACGACCCCUGGGAAUGGCGUGGCCACUCCUACGCCCAUCCAACCCGGCAUGGUGUCCAACUGCAACAAGUUCUACUUUGUCGCGUCGGGAGUCACUUGCAGCAAGGUCCUCGGCGACGAGAACAUCAGUCUCGCCGACUUCGUCAAGCGGAAUCCCAACGUCGGGGCUGAAUGCACCGGCAUGUGGGCCGAGGUGAACGGGUGCGUCGGCGUCAUCGGGGGCGCCGCGACGCCGCCCACCACGACGACGAAGCCUCCGCCCAGGAUGGUGACCAGCUGCAGAAAGUUCCACUACGUGUCCGAGGGCAACACGUGCGGCCAGAUCAUCAGCUACAACGGCAUCACCCUCGCCAACUUUGUCAAGUGGAACACGGGCGUGGGCGCCACCUGUCAAAACAUGUGGGCCACUAGAAUUUCCGGGUCAUAA